AUGUACUGGACUGCAGGUGUGCCUGUAGAUGAAAGUAGUGCACCUGUGUAUGAUGACUCAUGCCAGCGGUGCUGGACGUGCUAUGAGCAGCCUAUUAUCAAACCUGCACUUCAGCCUUUGCUGGCCCGCGACUCCCUGCCAACUCUCAGCCAUAACACAACAGCAACAUUGUCUGAGCGUGGGUCACUGCCAAACUUUGUAUCAGCAAGAAGACCUACUAAACACACACCGGGGAGUGGUGGAAAGGUGCGACUCUUUCACUUUCUGUUUGAGAUGUUGGAGGAUCCGACCAUGGCCCACUGUGUGUCCUGGGUGCCAGCAGCCGCCGGCGUUUUCCGCUUUUCCUCCACGAACAAGGACCAGGUGGCAGCACUGUGGGGGCAGAGAAAGGGCAACAAGAGGCCCAUGACUUACCAGAAGAUGUCCCGCGCCCUCAGGAACUACGCCCGGUCCGGAGAGAUCUUCAAGGUGAAGAAGAAGCUCACCUACCAGUUCAGCCGAGAGACACUGAUGUCACUGCAUAAGUUUCAACAAGGAGAUUUGUUAAGUGGACGAGAUUUUGUGUAG